UGAGCGCGGCUGCGGUCCUCACCCGCUGGCCCUGCAGCCCCGCCCCGGCGCCGGCGGCCUUCGCUGCGGAGCCCGCGACCGGCCCAGCAACCAUGGCCCAUUACAAGGCCGAUCAGGACGACUGGCUGACGGUCUACUUGAAGUAUUUACUCGCUGUCUUUAACUUCUUCUUCUGGAUGGGGGGUGCCGCGGUCAUGGCCGUGGGCGUCUGGACCCUGGUGGAGAAGAGCGGCUACCUCGGCGUCCUGGCCUCCAGCACCUUUGCCGCGUCUGCCUACAUCCUCAUCUUCGCGGGCACGCUCGUCAUGGUGACCGGCUUCCUGGGCUUCGGUGCCAUCAUCCGCGAGGACAGGAGCUGCCUCUCUGCGUAUUUCUGCCUGUUGCUGGCGAUCUUCCUUGUUGAGCUGGUGGCGGGGGUCCUGGCCCACGUGUACUACCAGAGGCUGAGCGAGGAGCUGAGGCAGCACUUGACCCGGACCCUGGCCCAGAACUACAGGCAGCCCGGCGCUGCGGAGAUCACAGCCUCCGUAGACCGUCUACAGCAGGACUUCAGAUGCUGCGGAAGCAACAGCUCAGCCGACUGGCAGCACAGCACGUACAUUCUGUCUCCAGAGGCCGAGGGCCGCCGGGUGCCCGACAGCUGCUGCAAGACCGUGGUGGCGCGCUGCGGCCAGCGGGCACACCCCUCCAACAUCUACAAGGUGGAGGGAGGCUGUAUCACCAAGCUGGAGCAGUUCCUGGCCGACCACCUGCUGCUCAUGGGGGCGGUGGGCAUCGGGGUGGCCUGCCUGCAGCCGAGAAAACAUGAAGGAAAAUACCCGGGCCUUGGGGCCACCUUGAACUUGUCAGGCACAGAGACCUGGGAGGAGUGGGAGUGUGGGCUCAGGUCUGCGGAAUGAUUCUCGCCUGCUGUUUGCACCGGAGAGUCCAGCUGCAUUUAUACUAACGGCCAACCUUGUCCCCGUCCCACUGCCCCUCGCAAGCUCAGGGGCCCAAAUCCCAUCGGCCAGGCCUGCGACAUCAGUAUCAGCUGGCCUAGAAGCUCCCGGAAACAACCCCCACUCUGUGCCCAGCCCCUUGGGACCCACAAGUGCCUGAGACCAUGGCUCCUGCAGCCCCCACCCGGGCCGGGGACCCUCAGCCCCCUCCCUGCACUUCUGUGGGCUCACCGCCAGAACCCCCAGGCCGGGGACGGAGCCUGCUGGGAGACCACAGCCAGAGCCUCUCCAGGCAUGGGCUCCCGAGGACCGCAGGGGGCUGGGCUCAGGCUGUGCCCCCUCCCUGCUCCUGAACCCUGAACCAGGGCUAGAAACCUUGGCCCCUCUGCGAUGCUUACGUUGGGCCCGUGACCCUCCCAUCUGUGCUCAGCAUCCUUCCUCGUGCCUCCGCUAGGUGUGCUUUUCUCCCCCCCGGCCCAGGAAAUGCAUCAGGUGGGCAGGUAGGGUUGGCUCUGCCCCCAGAAGACCUAGCCUUCUGCCCACCACCACACCUUCUCACCUGGAAAGGAGUGUCAGGUGGCCCGGUUCCUUCCUGCAGGGCCGGGGUUGGGCGGCACAGGCGGGGUGGAGCCGCCAGGGCCGGGAGCAGGGUCCUGCCUUGGGCCCCUCCCCGGGAGAGGUCCCCAAGCCCCGUCUCUGGCCAUAUGCCCCUCGGCAGUCUCCUGUCCAUGGCUUGAAUCUCAGGGUCACCGAUGCCAGUUCAUUAAAAGGGAGGCCAGCUUUCCAGCAAUCCCAGAUUGCACCAAAGCCAAAAAACAUGGUGCUGCGAUUACCUUUGCUGCCCUCCAACUUCCUGGGAUUCGUGCAUAUAAUCGAAAAAUAACCAUAAGUCCCAAGUUCUCUGCAGGGCUAGAGGCCAGGCUGAUGUCACACUCUCCCGCCGGUACCGGGACCCCGGGCCACCUCACUCCAGAGUGGCAGCAUUUCUCCACGGGGACCAGUUCAUUUGUCCCUGUCCCCAGAUGCGGGGGGGGGCACUUUUCACCCCAAAGCAAAGCGGCUUCCAUCGUAAUUCAGAGAAGCUGGGGGACCCAGGUU